GUUCUUGUGACUGCAGAGUUACUUACAUACCGUGAGGAGCAGGGCUAUGUGACCUUUGAGGACGUGGCUGUCUACUUCUCCCAGGAGGAAUGGAGAUUGCUUGAUGAGGCUCAGAGGCUCCUCUGCCGCAGUGUGAUGCUGGAGAACUUUUCACUUCUGGCCUCUCUGGGACUUGCAUCUUCCAAGACCCAUGAUAUAACCCAGCUGGAGUCACGGGAGGAGCCCUUCGUGCCUGCCUCGGAAGCUGUGACUUCAGCCACACCGAGAGGUACUUGGUGGGUGGAGCUCAGGGAGGUAUGAACUCGGGGAUGGGUUCAUAUCAUACCAGGAGUCUUUCCAGUGGGCCCAGAUAUUUUGAUACCAAGGCAAGGGGUCGUAGCUGAUUUCUGUCUUUUCUUCCUCAGUCACCCAUUUAUGUCUAUUCUGAUAUUUGACCCGGGGCCAUUCCCACCUCUCUGUCCUCCAUGUUUCACCCAAUCCUCAGCAGCACCUUUCAGCAGUGGCUUUCACUGAAUAUGUGGUGAG